CCGUCUGUGGAGAACGCGGAGAGACAUUUAUCAACAGGUUAUCUGACAGUAUCUGUUCUUUCGCAAGUUUGAGCAAUAUGUGAGAAAGGCAGGUUACGUAAACGGUCUGCGUUGGACCGUCAUGAAGUUGGGAGCAAAUGAUAACACUGAAAGUCAUAGAAUCAAUUCGUUCAUUCAUUCUCUCUUUGUGAUUCAGCACUAAUGUGCAGCCGAAGGAUUAUUUAUGAGAGUCGAAGGAGGAUUUUAGUUCCAUGAUGGAAGAACAUUGAUUGCAGUUUCGGUUCUCACAGGAGCAGGCUGGUACAUGGGAAAUGCCCGGACUGUAUGUUGCUGAGUCGCAGUCUAUCUCCUCAUGGGCACCGUCUCGUCCAUUCGCUUCAGACCGAUUCCAGGCGGAGAAAGUGGUUGCUCCAAACGCCAGAGGCCACAGAAAGUGAAAGGCUCCCGGGGUCGGUGUGGGCGAGGGCACGCCAGGAGGGGAAGAGGCUCCUGCUGUCGGGAAUCUGAUCCGAGCCGUCCAGCUGCAGUCAGACAGCCACUCGAUUCUGAUUCCCACGCUGUACUCUCUGUUUAUGACAACUUAAACAAAGAGAAUCCAGAUGGACAGCUGGAUGAAGACAUCAACAUGGACAACAAAUCUCCUGGGGAUUUUGGCACUGCAUUUGGAACUAAUGACCCUGGAAAACCCUCAGUCAGAAUUUUCACCAUGGAAGCUUCGCCUGCAGAGAUGAAGGAAUUUGACAGCAGCUGUCUUGAGUUCCUAAAACCAGACAAUACUGAGAAAAUGUGGAUUCGCUUGCAGGGGAUACAGAAAUACAAAAACACAUCACAGAGAUUAAGAUGCCUUGUGAAGCAAAUAGAGAAAGGUGAGAUUAAUGUGACCGACUUAAAGAAAAAUAUCGAAUAUGCAGCCUCUGUGUUGGAAGCAGUUUACAUUGAUGAGACAAGACGGCUCUUGGACACUGAGGAUGAACUCAGCGAUAUCCAAUCAGAUUCCGUUCCAUCAGAAGUCCGGGACUGGUUGGCAUCCACCUUCACGAGGAAGAUGGGGGUGAUGAGAAAAAGGCCAGCAGAAAAGCCCAGAUUUCGCAGCAUUGUUCAUGCUGUUCAAGCCGGCAUUUUUGUCGAGAGGAUGUACCGAAGAACAUCAAACAUGACUGGACUGACUUAUCCAUCAGCAGUGAUAUCUGCUUUAAAGAAUGUUGAUAAAUGGUCAUUUAAUGUAUUCGCCCUCAAUGAAGCCAGUGGGGACCAUGCUCUGAAGUUCAUGGUGCACGAGUUGUUCACCCGAUAUGAUCUUAUCAAUCGCUUCAGGAUACCUGUAUCUUCUCUCAUGACUUUUGUCGAAGCCCUGGAGUUGGGUUACAGCAAGCACAAGAAUCCUUACCACAACUUAAUCCAUGCAGCAGAUGUGGCCCAAACUGUGCAUUACCUAAUGCUCCAUACUGGCAUUAUGCACUGGUUUACAGAACUGGAAAUUCUAGCCAUGCUUUUUGCAGCUGCCAUUCAUGACUAUGAGCAUACAGGAACCACAAAUAACUUUCACAUUCAAACCAGAUCGGGUGUGGCAAUUUUAUACAAUGACCGUUCUGUUCUUGAAAACUACCAUGUGAGUGCUGCCUACCGAUUAAUGCAAGAUGAAGAAAUGAAUAUUAUGUGCAAUUUAUCGAAAGAUGACUGGCGGGACCUGCGUUCAUUGGUGAUAGAGAUGGUUUUAUCGACCGACAUGUCUUGUCAUUUUCAACAAAUCAAGACCAUGAAAAACGUUUUACAGCAGCCUGAAGGGGCCGACAAAGCUAAAGUCAUGUCCUUAAUGCUGCAUGCAGCAGAUAUAAGUCAUCCUGCAAAAACCUGGCAACAGCACUACCGCUGGACAAUGACAUUGAUGGAAGAAUUCUUUAGACAGGGUGAUAGUGAGGCUGAUUUAGGAUUGCCAUUUUCCCCACUAUGUGAUCGAAAAUCCACAAUGGUGGCACAGUCUCAGAUCGGUUUUAUUGAUUUUAUUGUGGAGCCAACCUUCUCUGUUCUGACAGAUGUAGCAGAAAAAAUAAUAGCUCCUCUUAUAGAGGAAGCUUCUCAAUCCGAGACCUCUGAUUAUCGACAACAAAGUCUUACCAAUAUUGGAGUGGGAGCCACUACAGAUUCAACCAGAAGACACAGUGUAAGGAGUGUACCAUCAGAUGGAGGUUGUUCCACAGAGUAUUCCAUUUCUACUGUCGACCUAAAAUGUUUUAAGUUGAACUGGAUGGACAUCAUUCAGCAAAACAAAGAAAAAUGGAAAGAACUGGCAAUUCAAGCCACAGAAGAGAAAACAAGGCAAGCUACAGAAGGAAACAAGAGUGAUGAUGACAGUAUUAAGGAGCCUCUUGUAACAAUGGGUGAUAACAUUAUCAAAGGACAUGAUGAACAGUUCUUGGGAAAAAACACUUCUCCAUCUAAGGUACCUGUCAACCAGCAUUCAACAGAUCGGCCAGCUGCCAGUAGUCCUUCGCUGCAAAAACAUCUUCACACUGUCAGCUCUGAUUCCACUAUUUGGGAAAAUGAUUCUAAUCGAGCAGAGACUCUGAUUCAACAGAGAACACCAUGGAAUGGAGAGACAGAACAUUUUCAGGACUCGAAAGAUUCAAUGAAUAAUAGCAAAGGCUUACUGGAGCAAAAGGCUGCUUUUAUACACAACUAGUUCAGGAAAAUUUCCAAGGAUACAGCCCUACAUGGAUACUGAGUGUGAUUGACCAUGACAUGAUGCUGGAAGGAUUUGAAAUUGACCUUCACCAAGUAUCCCUCCAACCCUGCUGGUGUGAGACUUCAAGCAACAUGAACAUGAUUACAUGGCAUUGCCCUUCUUUAAAAUAAAGAUCAGGAACAAUGACGUGUUUCAUCUUUCUCUGCGCUAUUUACUCUCACAAUUUCCUCUUCAAUAAUGUUGCCACUUGACUACAGUUGUUUAAUUUGGAAGACCAACCAUCAGGCUGCAGGUUAUUUGAGCCCAGACUGUAUUCCUGAUAGAAGUGCUUUUCAUAAUGGUACUUUCACAACCUAAAAGAUUCAGCUCAACACAGUUUAACAUUUGAAUAAUGAAAUGAAUUUCCCUAUCAUUGAAUCUUCUUGACUACAACAACAAACAGACAGCACUGUGACAGAAAAAAAGCAUGUUUUUAGUCUCAAUGUCAAUGUCAACUUUAGUUCAAUGUCAGUUUUAUUCUCAGAUGAAACACUCCGCUCCGGAAUGAAAUAUUUAGUGUAAGGUCUAACAUUGGAGUUGUGCUGUACAAAAACUCAUAUGUCUGGUGACUUAUUAAUGUCAGUACCACAUAAAAACAGCCAUAGUAUUUGACUGAGACUGCUCUUGUAUUUAUCCCUCUGCUCCUAAGCAAUUGGACGUCAAUAUUGCAAGAAUGACAUUGAGACAAGCAAAUUCUGAGAUCAACAGUGGAGCAAAGAUCACCACCCACAAAGUUACAUUAGCAAUACUAAAACCAGUGAGACAUGUAGGGUGAUCUCACUUCAUUAUUAUAAAUGCGGUUACACUUUCGAUGUGAAAGUAAAAAAGGGCCUUUAUGGUAAAUUAUUAAUAAAACAUCAAAGGAAAUUUUAACGUUUGUACAGUAAUCUAUUAAUGCUGGAUUUGCUGGAAUGAGAGUGCAUGCAAGGAAGAGGUCCAACUACUGGGACAAUGAUCUCAGAAAGUACACCGGCUACUGAUAUCCUUUAAAUGGGGCCAUAAAGUCAGGUUGGUUGUCCAUGCACAAUGACAAGAUUAGGGCAAAGCAAUUUUCCGGUCCCUGAUUCUGCCUUUGUGUGCAUGUGUCAGGGUGGACUAGAAACAAUUAGAUUAGAUUAGAUUAGAUUACUUACAGUGUGGAAACAGGCCCUUCGGCCCAACAAGUCCACACCGCCCCGCGGAAGCGCAAUCCACCCAUACCCCUACAUUU